AUGUUGGGAAGCGUGGAAUCUCAAAAGCUUAUUGCUCAUUUCAAAAAAACCUUCGUAGGCAAGUCUUAUGCGGCCCGGAAGAAAGGGCCGGGUAAUAUUUUUCACCAAGAAGAACUUCACCGCAUCUUUCAAUCAGAUUUGGCUCAGGGCAAGACUCUCCUGGAGGUGGGCGUCGGACCGUUGGUCUGGUAUUCUUUCAUGUCCUCUAAUCGAUUCAACGACAUUGUGCUCAGUGACUUGGUCGAAGACAACAGGAAGGAGCUGGAGAAGUGGCUGAACAAAUGCGAAGAUGCCAUCGAUUGGACAUACCGUGCCGAGCAAGUCGCUGCCUUAGAAGGCUAUAGCGACGUCAAGAAGGGGGCGUCCGAAAUAAUGGAGCGCACGCGUUCCUCCAUCCGGAAGGUGGUUCCCUGCAAUGUCCUGGAACCUGGAGUGCUCCCCGAAGAACACAAAGAAACCUUCGACGUCGUUCUUUCCUGCAACUGCCUGGAAAGUGCCACGGCGGACCACGAAUCCUUCCGAAGUGUGGUUAACAACGUCGGAUCACUUGUCAAACCCGGCGGCUUGUUCCUCCUGGGCGGUAUGAGUAGUGUGAAGAGUUUCUUUCCGAAAAAUAUCGGCGUUAAUGCGGAGGACCUCAGCGAGGAUCUGAUUAAAGGAGCAGUGACUAAUGCCGGGUUUCAAUUAAAAGUAUACCGCACCAAAAACAUUGAGAUUGCUGGGAACCCAGGUGCAUUCUCUUUUAUUCUAGCGGCCCAUCCGAACAACAUUUCGGAUUCCGUGCCCUCAACGGAAGACAUGGAUACCACCCAGGCUGACCUCACCCCCAUGGUCGCUACCGCGGCUACCCCGGCUCUGCCCAGUAAGCAGCCCGAAAUCACCACUAUAAACUUCAUUGGCCCGCCGAGCUUUAAGGUCUACUUCAAGAUCUGCAAAUACAAGCAUUCAAAUCCGCCAUUGGAGAACGAUAUGACAUUCACCUCUAUCUACAACCGAACAAUCGUUUUGCAAACCUACAGGAAAUGCGCCGUUCGUCCAGACGACGGUGCUUGA